AUGUCUGCGGCAAACAACAUGAACAACUUGGGCACUCUGAUCAAACGACUAGAAGCUGCCACCAGCCGCCUGGAAGACAUAGCCUCGUCUGCCUUUGAGCCCUCCGCCGGCAAUGGCUCGUCUUCAGUACCGGCCACAGGCGCCAGCGCGGCCGCCAUGAAGGCCUCCUCGAGCGAGCCAACCCUGCCCAGCAUCACACAGACGACCAGCCAGCAGACAGUGAGGGCUGCAUCCGAGAACCUGCCCGAGUCGAUCAGUGACAUGGACGACAUCAUUGACAAAGAGGUCAAGAACUUCACAGACUCCAGCAAAGGACUGGACCCGCUGGUGCAAGAGCAGGCAGCAGCUGUCGCAAAGGCCUUCGCAGAUCAGAGGAAGUACCUUUGGAUAACGACAAAGGCAAAGCGACCCGAUCCACAGGGGGCGACAUUCAUGGAGCUGUUGAAGGACCUCCAGCAAGAUUUGGGCACAGCUGGCGACAUCAAGGACAGCAACAGAGGGUCGGCCGUGAAAGAGCAUUUGUCGAUGGUUGCAGAAGGUAUAAGCACCCUGCAAUGGUUGAUUAUGGACGGCAAGCCGGCAGAUGUGGUAGCUGAGAUGAUUGGCGGAGCUCAGAUGUACGGCAACCGUGUGCUGAAGACCCAUAAGGAAGGCGAUCAAGCACAUGUCAAGUUCGUACGAUCUUACUACGCCCUCCUCGAAGCCCUCAAGUCAUACAUCAAGAAGCACUUCCCACAGGGUGUCACCUGGAACUCCGGCGGCAAGGAUGCAUCAGAAGCCAUGCGCGAAGUCGACUCAGAACCAUCCGCAAACGGCGCACCAGCAGGCUCAGCACCCACACCAGGAGGCGCACCGCCGCCACCGCCGCCACCACUUCCCAACUUCGACAACCCACCUCCACCUCCGCCAAUGCCGAGUGGAGGAGCACCCAAGGCAGCAGCAGGUGGUGACAUGGGCGCAGUGUUCGAGCAGUUGAAGAGAGGAGAAUCGGUAACAUCAGGGCUAAAGAAGGUUGACAAGAGCCAGAUGACACACAAGAACCCAUCAUUACGCGCCUCUUCAGAAGUGCCUUCGGAGAUGAACAGGAGUAAGAGCCCUGGACCAGGCGUUAAGCCCAAACCGCCGAGCAUGCGACAGAACAGCACAGCAUCACAGAAGAAAGAGGGCAAGAAAGAGCUCGACGGCAACAAAUGGCUCAUCGAGAACUGGGACUCGCCCUCCGCACCGAUCGAGAUCGAGGUCAGCCUGACACAAUCCCUCCUGAUCACAAAGUGCAAAAACACCACCAUCAUCCUCCGAGGCAAAGCGAACGCCAUCUCAAUCGACAACUGCCCACGAACACAGAUCCUGGUCGAUACGCUCGUCUCCUCAGUCGACGUGAUCAAGUGUCCCAACUUCGCGCUGCAGAUUACUGGUGCAGUGCCUACGAUCCAGCUGGAUCAGGUCGAUGGUGCGCAGAUAUUCCUAGGAGCGCAAAGUCUGGCCACGGAAGUGUACACGAGUAAGAGUAGCUCGAUCAAUGUUGUGCUACCGCCGGAGGAAGAGGAGGAUGAUAGUAAAGAGGUGCCGCUGCCGGAACAGAUUAGGACGUACGUGAAGGGUGGGAAGUUGGUUAGUGAGAUUGUGGAGCAUGCGGGUUGA